UGAAACAGGGGUAAAUCUUCUCCUAAUCCGACGACUCAAGAUACAACAAGUAGUUGGGCGUUCGAGGCAGAGCUGUAGGUUCAAGCGUCCCGAACAGUCCUCUAUAUUCCUUCAUUUUUUUUUUAUACAUAGUGACCCAAGGAUCUCAUAACAACUUUAUAACAAUUUGUUCGAAAGAGUCUCGAAUUCGAAGACGUCCGCUGCAACUGAAAGCAGUGUUUUUUCUGCUUUAGGUUCGCAGCUUGACAAUUUAUUUUUGUGUGUUGUGACUAGUAGUUGAGUUUGUUCUUUUAUUUUCGUUUUCAAAAUAGAAUGACGUCUAACAUGGCAAGACAUAAGACGAAAGCCGCACCCCCUGUCCCCCCGAGCCGCCGCACAAAUUCGGUGACGGGUUCGGUGUCCGACGCUCGGGCCAAGACCAUCCUAAAGGAAGCCGUGGAUGCUGUAGUCAACAGCUUCGCAAAACAUACUCAUGGAUAUGGCAGAGUGAAUGUGGUAGAAGCUUUACAAGAAUUCUGGCAGAUGAAACUGGCCAGGGGGGCUGAUCUCAAGAAUGGCGCACUUGUGAUAUAUGAAUCUAUGCCAUCUACGAACCCUCCAUACGUCUGCUAUGUCACAUUACCUGGCGGCAGCUGUUUUGGUAGCUUUCAGAACUGUCCUACAAAAGCAGAAGCCCGUCGUAGUGCAGCCAAGAUAGCCUUAAUGAACUCAGUCUUUAAUGAGCAUCCGUCUAGACGGAUAUCCGAUGAUUUCAUCGAAAAAGCAGUCGAAGAAGCCAAAUCAUCAUUCAAGCUACCAUCAGAUUCAGAUGACCCUGACAGAUCUCAUAGCGGUAUCGAUGCCUUUCGUUUCAUGCUGGAAUCCAACAAGGGCCGCACUAUGCUUGAAUUCCAGGAGCUUAUGACAGUUUUUCAACUACUACACUGGAAUGGUAGUCUGAAAGCGAUGCGAGAACGACAAUGUUCUAGGCAGGAAGUGGUGGCUCACUACUCUCAUAGAGCUCUGGAUGACGAUAUGAGGUCCCAGAUGGCUCUGGACUGGAUAGCCCGUGAACAGGAAGCUCCAGGUGUCAUAUCCCGCGAACUCUCAAGUGCAGAGAGAGAACUGGAAGCGGCAAGACUUGCCGGUCGUGAACUUAGGUUUCCCAAAGAAAAGAGAGAUAUUCUCAUGCUAGCGUGUGGUCAAGUCAACAAUGUAAACGGUCUUACUUAAUUCCCAGCAUCUUACAUAUAAAUAUAUAUUAUACUCAGACGAUGCCAGAAUCGCUCUCGUCUAUAGUCCUUUGCACUCGUGAUACAAAGUAUUGUAUAUAGAGACAAUGUAUGUUUGUAAAUGAAUUUUCCCAUAGUCCUUAUAUAGCAUCUCUACAACCAUGAUUCUAAUCAGCUAUGUCGUGAAUUCCAAGUGUGUUUAGACAUUAUAUAAAGACAUCAAUAAGUUUUUUUAACGAAGUAUUUUAGAAGAAUUGGAAUGUAAAUGUAAAUGAUUUAACUGAAAAUGCCGUCAACCGCAGAUUUCUCUCACCAAGCAUAAAAUGGAACAACUGAAGAGCUUAGUAGAAAAGCACAUUAAGGGACAUUUUUAAAACAAUUUUUAAAAAUAAAAUAAAUGUAUAGUAAUUGGUUGUUUAAAUGGAAAAUUAAUUAUUCACCGAGCGAGUAAAUAAGAUGGUUUUCAAUGAAAAAAUAUUUCUUGUAAACAGUUUUCUGACAUUAAUUAUUUCAAAGGUAAAGAUUUCCUUUUUUAUCUUCCCAAAUUCACUUACAUAUUUUACAACUAAGCUCAUUAAAUAAGUACAUCUGAAACAAAUCAUAUUGUAAAUGAUAGAGCUCAAACUUAUUUGAUAGAAAAGUUUUGUUUGCCUUAUUUUGCAAAGCAUUUAAGAAAUCUAACUAAUGCUUUCAUACUUUAUACUGCCGUGCAAUUGAAAAAACAACGUAAGCGACAAAAAAUUCAAAAUAGAGAUUUUUAUAUAUUAGACAUAUUGUUAUGAUAAGAUGCCCCCUCCCCCAUUGGAUAGCAAGGAAAAGAAAAUAAUAGUCUCAAGCCACUCUUCUAAAUAUCUAUUAUGAAAUGUUUACGUUGUUCUCUUAAUUGCACGGCAGCAUACAUAGAUAUUUCAGAAUGCAUAACAUAAUUGAAAUCUGCCUUAUAGGGUUGUUUUUAUGUCUUGAAUUUAAUCUUCAUAGUAAUGACAAAUGUAUUUUUAAUUUGUGAUAUUUUAGGAGAAAAUUUAGGUUGAUUUUUAAGAUUAAGCUCUAAUGUUAACAUUCAUUUACUUAGUUAAUUAACAAGUACAUGUUUCCAUUAAAACUAUGCUAUAUUUGUGUAGAAGUAUGUAUGAAUAUAAACAAUUGUACAGAAAAAUAGAGUGUUGUAAAUUAUAAUAUUGUAAAAAAUUAAGUCUGAAAUGUUACAAUUAAACUUAUUUUGAAAAUAUGCUUGAUAAUCGCAACAAACUUUAAGAAUUUAAUAUAAAAAGAAUUUCAGAAAUCUUCAGGUUUAGACACUCAAUAAACAAUCUGAUAAAUUAAAAUUUUUAAACUGACUUGUAAAUUCGCUUCUAAUAUUAAGGGUAUAUUACGCGAUAAGCCGCCUUUUUCGAUGAUCCUAUUGCACUAUUGUCUUUCAGCGUUAUUAUUAUACUAUGAAAAAACAACAUGGUGGUAAAAUCAUCUUAUUUUUAAUCAAUUUAUGACAGGAAAAAAUGCAAAAUGAUUUUAGUGAGAAUGUCUCUAAACUAAAUUCAUUACGUGGCUUUUAAACGUUUAGGUUAAAUUAAAAAUACUGUCCCGCAAAGUCUGAAAAAUCUCGCAAUUUUUAAAUGACCUGUCGGGCAUGUUAGAAGAAACAAUCUAGUUCUCUCUAUAAUAUUGUAUUAAUUAAUAUAAAUAAUUAUACUUGGAUUUGAAGUCAAAUUAUAAAUACUUGUCUAAGUAAAAGAAAAAUAUAACCUGUAGUUGAUUUAGUUGUAUAUGUGCUAGCCUCAGUUUUAGUGUUAAGGCAUUAACAGGUUUUAAAACACACUGAAAUUAAACACUUUCGUUCUUUCUUAUAAAUUAAAAAAUAAUAAUAAUAAUUAAUGUUUGUUGGGAUAUUUCUAUCGCUUUGAAAGCGUAGAAAUAAAAGCAUGCGUUAACGCAUGAUGCUACUCUAAUCUAAUGUGAUAUUGGUUUAUAUUGUGUAUAUAUGUCAUUACUUGAGUGAACUGCUUUUUUUUACCAUUUAUUGUGUAUAUGUAACAAUUGAAGAAUGAGAUCAUUCCUCCAAUGAGUGGUGAUAUUAAACUCUAUAAGUGAGUCCGUAUGGAAGAAUGAUUUUUUAUUUUACCGAAUUAUUGAUCACAAUUGUAUUAGUUCAUAAAUAUGUGGUCUUGUGAGAUUAAUAACAUAUUAUUUAUGCUGAUUUCUCAUAAUUUAUUUUAAUUUUUUUUGUGCAAAUGAUGUCUUUUAAUAUGCUUUAGUUAACUCUACUUUUUGGUGCUUUGUAUAGUUCUCUUACGCCUGAAGUGUUGAGUUUAUUUUAGAUGUAUUUUACUCCCAUAAGAAUUAUGUGCUUAAAGUAGCCAAAAAGGAUUUUCUGUCCCUUUUUUUAAUUUCAAGAAAUGACGGUUUCAAAAUCGUUCGAUACAUGGCUCUUAAUUUUUUUUUAUUCGAAGAAUCAUUGUCUUUAUAAAAGAAUAGUACCUGCUAAAAAAAUUUACAAUUUUUAGUUUCGGUGAACAGUAAAAAGAGAAAUAAGAAGAAAAAUAUGUGUGAAAUAUAGUUCAUGAGAAACUUUACAUUAUUAUGUAAGAAAUCGUGUAGUUUUAGUCCUAAAUUUAUCAAAAAUAGUGCAUACUGUGGCGACAUUAAUAUGCAUGGCAUUACUCAAAACAAACGUGGCAAAAGCAAUCUGUAGAUAAAAUUUAUAAAUUUAAAGUAGCUUUAAAAUGAGCAGUUUUUUUUCUUUUGAUAAUUUCUAAAAAAAAAAUUAUUCAAAAAAAAAACAUUUUCAUGUAAUUUUUCUCCUUCAUCUGCAAUGAUAAUUUAUCAAUUUCACUUAUUCAUAGAAUGCAAAUCAAAAUUAGAGUUAUUUAGGGUGUUUAUUAAUCCUCAAACUUAAAAUACCUAUACUUAAUACUUAAAAUACCAUACUUAAAAUACCUAUACGAGAAUUUAACCAAGGUUAAAGGUUUGUCAAAACAUUACCCUGAUCAAUCACAAUACAGUGGGUUUUUAAGCAUAAAAACCAGUUUAUUUUCGCAUAAAACUGAAAGUAGAUUGAGAAUUCUUUUCAAUUUCAUCCAUCAAAACACUGUACAGAAAUUGAAAUUAAAAUCAUAAAUACCGAUUUAUUUGUAGAUAAGAUUGAAAAGCUACGAAAUGGGAUUAAUAAAAAUGAUCUCCAGUUUCACUUACAAAUUAACUGGUUUCGAUGUCUUAAACCUCACUUUUACUAUGAUUGACCUCAAUGAUUAUUCAUCAAAUUUUGACAAUUUUUUUCUUAUAAAUAUUAAUUUUGCCACCUCUGUUGUGUACAUUUUUACUGCAUCUUGACCACAAGUUAUGUAAAUAUAUUUUUAGGGUGGGGAUUUAGGAACAUCCAGUAGAAGAUCAGAGAGGAAAAUAUUUAAAAACUCUCAAAUACACUGAAAUAUACUAUUUGUUAAGACUGUGAAAUUGUUUUGAAUAAUUUCAAUUCAAUUACGAUAAAACUUGAAAUAAGGCCAUGAAGUGUGGAAAUGCGAUGCUAACAAAUGUUAUAUUUUAGUAACAAAUUUAUUUAACUCAGUUUUAACAAUAAUUAAACCCUUAAAUUUUAAAUGAAAUGUUACUACAUAUAAAACAAGAAUGACUUUUAUUUUCUUUGCUUUUUUGUUAUCUAAUCUGUAUCAGCUUGCUACAUUCUUUAUGGUGAGUGAAAUGGUAACUAGAUCACUAUUGCUACAAACACAUUUUUUAAAAAUAUUUUUGGUGAUAAUGGUAAAAUUAUUCCAAACAAUUAAUUCUGUUUAAAUUUUUAGUGAAAUAUAAAACAGUCUUUUUUUUAACGUGAAAUUAUAAAUUAAAAAGAAAUGAACGAUAUCUAAAAACAUUAUUUUUGGGAUUAAAUUAAAUUUUUGAUACCGAAGUAAUUUCUGACAGAUAAUAAUGCAAUAAAACUAUUUUUAAGGAAAAUGAAACACAAAUAGGGUUUUCUGAGAAGUAUAAAUUUUAAAAAAAAAUCCAUGAUUUAUUUGAAAGAAUGGUAUAGCAAUUUAGUUUUUUUUUUUUAAAUUGUAUAUUUGAAAAUUCUUAUUUUAAACUAUAUAGUGAUUGGUUACAUCUGUUGCAUUAUUAAAGAACUAUUUGAUAGAAGUACAUAUGUUUUAUCAAUAAAAUGAUUAUGAAGGCCAUUUACUAAAAAUUUGCAUGCAUAAAUCAUCAAAGCCACUUUAAAUGACAGUUCCCUCAAUAUAUAUUUGUUUAAUUCAACUGCAGCUCAGUUUUAAUUAGCUUAAACCUAGCUUCAACUUGUCAAUGAAGUUUUUAAUUCAUUUUAUAAGCUCUGAAUUUUCCUAUUAAGAGUUAGUUUGGAAAAUUCUCUACUUAAAAUAUAGUUAAUUGCAUCCUAAUAUGACAUGCAAAACAAAUCAGACAUUUUAUGAUGUAUAUGAUUUGUACAAAUUAUAAGAAAAAAUAAUCUAUAGUGAAAAUUUAUCAGAAGAAAGUUGCAAUUGAAAAAACAAUAAGUUACGAGUUUGAACUUUAUUAAAUAGCUGAAAUCUCAUCUUUCAAAGAUCCUAGUUUUUUGCUGUACUUCAUAAUUUCACAGUAUAUUUUUUGAACUGUAGCAAUAGUCUCUAGCGACCUGUUGAUUUGUUCUGUUUCAAAACUGUCUUUUAUUAAGGUGCCUUUGAUAUGGGUCUGCAAAACACUGUGAUAGAAUUCUUAUUUUUUUAUUAUUUUUUUUUGUAUUGUACAGAUAAUGCAGCGAAUAAAAAUGCUUUUUUGUUA